AUAUCCCGUAUUGACCAAGGCGGGCGGCCACAGCACAGAUAAACCCCAUAUCUCCCGUACAUAUAAAGUCAAAGUGUAAUAAAUCAAAAUUCAAUGGAACUCGUAACUUACAUUACACACCCAAACAAAGAUAUAUAAAGUGUUUAUUACAUAAAGCAAGCAAGCAAGCAAGAUCUGGAUUUGGAAGGUGACCCAUGGGAUGCAAGUUUAUCCUUAGCAACGUGGGUUUCCUGCUGUAAUUUUAUGCGUUUCUUGUCGUAGCCGCAUCUCAUUUUGCCAGCUGCCGACUUCUCUUUGUCUUGUCUUCAUCCAAUCCAAAAGAAACCGCGUUUUUUGAAUUGAAGGCGAGCAAAUCAAGGAAGGUUUUGGUUUGGAUUGAAUUGAAGACGAGAUGGAUCUAAGCGGGUUUGUUGGUGUUUUAGUAAUUGGGUUUGUUUUCUGUGGUGGAUUUGCAUCAGCGAAUGUGGUUUUCCAGGUUCAGCACAAGUUUGGUGGCAGUAAAAAGUCUUUGACUCAAUUCAAAGCCCAUGAUUCCAGCCGUCACCGGAGGAUUCUCUCCGCCGUUGACCUUCCCAUUGGCGGCGACGGCAGCCCCACCUCUGCAGCGUUGUAUUUCACUAAGCUUCGGAUUGGGACCCCACCAAAGGAUUACCAUGUGCAGGUUGAUACCGGGAGUGACCUUCUAUGGGUUAAUUGUGCUGGAUGUCAGAAAUGUCCCAAGAAAAGCGACCUUGGAAUAUCACUUGCUCUGUACAAUCCCGAGUCUUCCUCAACGGCAAAAAUGGUUGACUGUAAUCAAGAAAUUUGCAUGUCUACAUUGAGUGACCCUAGUAAUGAUUGUAAAGCGGGCAUGUACUGUUCCUAUUCUGUUAAAUACGGCGAUGGCAGUUCCACUACGGGAUAUUUUGUAAGAGAUACUAUACAACUUGACCGAGUUUCUGGAAAUCUUCAAACCACUUUUCUUAAUGGAAGUAUAGCGUUCGGGUGUGGAUCUCAACAAUCAGGGCAGUUGGGUUCUUCACAACAAGCACUAGAUGGAAUACUUGGGUUCGGGCAGGCAAAUUCCUCUCUGCUUUCACAGCUUGCUUCAGCUAAAAAGGUGAAAAGGAUAUUUUCACAUUGCUUAGACGGCUCUCAAGGUGGAGGCAUAUUUGCAAUUGGAGAAGUCGUACAACCUAAAGUACAAACAACACCAAUGAUUCCCGAGGCACAUUAUAAUGUUGAGUUGAAGCAAAUUGAGGUAGGUGGUAAAUUUCUCGAUCUUCCAACAGAUACAUUUGAUGUUGGAGGAAAACAAGGAACAAUUAUCGACAGUGGUACUACAUUAGCUUAUUUACCUGACUUGGCUUACAAGUUAGUUUUAGAAAAGAUUCGUGCUGCACAACCUAAUAUACAGCCUCACAUUCUUGACCAGCAGUUCACAUGUUUCAAGUACUCUGGAGAUGUUGAUAAAGGUUUUCCGGUUGUCAAGUUCCACUUUGAAAAUUCACUAGUUUUGAAAGUUUCUCCUCAUCAAUACCUCUUUGACGUCCAAGAUGACGGCUGGUGUGUUGGUUUUCAGGACAGUGACUUGCAAUCACAAGGCAAAGAUGUAACCUUAUUAGGAGAUCUUGUAUUGACUGAUAAACUUGUUACAUAUGAUAUGGAAAAGAAGACAAUUGGAUGGGCAGACUAUAACUGUUCUUCAAGCAUCAGAGUGAAAGAUGAGGAGUCAGGCAAAGAGUAUAUGUUGGGUGCACAUAAUAUUUCUGGUGGGGGUCGGAUUGGUACCUCAACUAUGAUUAUGCUCGUGUUUCUUCUCAUUAAACUAAUUAAUCUUUUGUAAUAUUGGUUUGAUUUGAUUUGAUUGUAUACGAAAAUCAAUAAAGUUUUUCUUCUACAAAGUAUAGUACUGAUCUUGAGUUAUAUGUUCCAACUUCAAUACCAUUUUGUUAUUGUUUGAUUGUACUAGUGCAGCUUACUUGUUCAAA